CUUCCCCUGUCGCCCGGCUUCUCAGCCAAGCACAUAAAAAGCCCUUCUUUCUCUCUCUCCAUCUUCGGAUCCCUAAAUCUAGGGCUUCUUACUCUGAGGGAUCUUCAUUCAUCUUUAUCACAAUCAAGUGCUGCAAGAUGGACGGUUCAUAUAGCUUUUGGCAAUUGGGAGAUGAGCUUCGAGGUCAGACAAAAGUCUCUGAGGAUCAUAAAUGGUUAUGGGCUGCAUCUAAACUGGCUGAGCAGACAAGAUUGAAGGGGGACCGCCUGAAUAAUCUUGAUUUUUCAAAGGGCUCUCUUGAUGCCAGGCCAAGGGAAAAGUUUGGUUUUCAGGAAGAUAACAAAUUUGAGAGCUUCAACUUCAACAUGUUGAACUUGGAUUCAAAAAUGACUGAUACCGUUAACAAAAGUUCAAUGAGGAGUGGAAUUUACAACAUGAGUGCCGUGUAUGGCAAAAACAAUACCAAUCUUGCAGGAAACCUACCUGGUACCAAGUACAGUGGCAAUGACUAUGUCAACAAAGAUAUUACCAAUUACAGCAGUGCCAACAAUAACGUUGGUGAAAAUGCUAACUCAAUCAAUGCGAUUGACAAAAGAUUCAAGACAUUGCCAGCGACAGAGACACUCCCCAGAAAUGAAGUGCUUGGUGGAUACAUCUUUGUCUGUAACAAUGAUACUAUGCAGGAAGAUUUAAAGAGACAGCUUUUCGGUUUGCCCCCGAGGUAUAGGGAUUCAGUGCGUGCAAUAACACCAGGCUUGCCUCUGUUUCUCUAUAACUACACCACCCAUCAGUUACACGGCAUUUUUGAGGCAGCAAGUUUUGGGGGUUCCAACAUUGAUCCAACUGCUUGGGAAGACAAGAAAUGUAAGGGCGAAUCCAGGUUUCCUGCUCAGGUUAAGAUCCGCAUUAGGAAGCUCUGCAGGGCAUUAGAAGAAGACUCCUUCAGGCCAGUCUUGCACCACUAUGACGGUCCAAAAUUCCGCCUCGAACUAUCAAUUCCUGAGACAUUGGAUCUUCUAGACCUCUGUGAGCAGGCAGGUUCUGCAUCAUAAGCAACAAUGGUGGGCUGACAUAAAAUGGGGGAAUGAAGAGGGAGGGCUCAAUGGUGUUCCUGUCAGCUGAGGCUAAGACACAGAUUUUCCAAAGAGCGCAAGCUUAGGAUGAGUCUGAUCAGUGGAGGCUGAAGCCAAAAUAAGUGGUAAAAAGGAAACUUGUAUCUUCUUCUUGUAUUACUAUUGUUUGUUGUAUUGUAUCAGACAAAGUGAGUGAGUAGAUAAUGUAAUAGUGAAUGAUAGAGAGAGAGCUAUAUAUAUAUAUAUAUAUAUAUGAGGAAAAAAAUGCAGCCUUAAUUUAAGGCUUGUGUGUUUCUUUUUCUUAUUGAGACUUGUUGUAGGUAAAUGGAUUGGAGCAACACGAGGCAUUGUGUGGUCUUUCUUUUUUUGCUUAAUUUUGAUAAAGGUAAAGUGAGUUGAGUAGAUUUUGGAA